CCUCCCUGCCGCAAAAGCCGGAAGUUAGCUUCCACUUUGGACUGCAAGUCAGAAAACGAGGUCGGGCGAAAAAGGUCAAAAUGUUGAAAGAUUUGGUGAGGAAGCGCCUAAUUGCGGCCGCCGACGAAAUAUUUGAGCUUUUUCAGCGAACCAUCGCGUCGUACGAGGAGGAACUUUGUCGCGCACGAGAGGAGAACGAGCGCCACCGACGACGACGACAGGAAGUUUUUUCUGUCAACGCUCCAAACGAGCGACACGCCAGCCAAGAAGAAGCUCCGCCCCUGCCGCGCGGGCAGCCCGCCCGCGUCAAACGAGAGGACGACGAGGACGUCGGCGAGUCGCCGCCGCCGGCCGUCGUCGUCGGCGCGGCGAAGCGCGACGAGGACGCUGCGCCUCGCUCGUCCCGGCUCCGUCGUCGUCCCCGCGGGGGCCCCGCCCCGCCGCCGGAGGCCCUCCUAGCGCCGUUGUCAGACAGCGACGAAGGCCAAACGGCUCCCGACGGCGACCCCGAAGCCUCCGAGCGCCGGCGGACGGGAAGGCGCGGCGCCCCGAGCCGGCCCGGCUCGUUCACGUGCGGCGUGUGCGGCCGGAUCUUCACGUACAAGUGCAACCUGAACACGCACAUGCGCACGCACAGUGCAGAGAAACCCUUCGCCUGCUCCGCGUGCGGCAAGCGCUUCUCGCAGAAGGCGCACAUGCUGUCGCACAUGCGCACCCACACGGGCGAGAAGCCGUUCACGUGCUCGCUGUGCGGCGUCAGCUACCCGUACAAACUCAGCUUGACCGUGCACAUGCGCACGCACACGGGGGAGAAACCCUUCUUCUGCUCGGUUUGCGGCAAGCGCUUCUCGCUCAAGUCCACCAUGGUGUCGCACAGCAGGAUUCACACGGGGGAGAAACCCUUCCGCUGCGCCGUGUGCGGGAACAGCUUCUCCCGGAAGUCGUCGAUGGUGUCGCACAUGAGGACUCACGCCAGAGAGAAACCUUUGGCCUGCGCCGAUGAGUCUUCGAGGCAAUGAGACGGACGGGGGCGCCUUGGCGUUUGGACGUCAAGAGUGGCGUCGUGCUGUCAACGAGGAUUUGGGCUUUGGUCAGAUGUUGUGCGGCUCGUUGGUUUGGUAAAGCAGGGGUCAUGGGUUCAAAUCCCAACUGGCGCCUCCGCUCCCAGAGAUGGGUGGGAAAAACUGUGCCAAACAAAUAUGAGCGUUCAUCUGGGAUGUCACGCUGCGGCGACCCCUCCUUGGGACACUUUUUUUAUUUUUACGAGAUUAAAAACUGCAGUCAGCUGAAAGAACUUGUUUUUGUCACAGACGACAACUUCUCCUUCAAUGGGAAAAGCAAACAAAAGCAUUUGUUUGGAGUGCCAGAAAUCUGAGAUUUAUCAUCAUAAGCAAAGCAGAUAUUUGCUAAAGAUUUUGAGAGUUUCAGUCGCUUGAUUAUGUGAAGCGUGUCAAUCAAAAUAGAAGAUGUUACGUUGCUUGAAUUCGGAGCUGCAAGUGCAAAAUGUCGUCCCCUCACGCCGGACUUCCGCAAGCCUAACCGCAAUUUCAACAUGCACGCGUUCAAAGUCGCGGAUACGACGCAGCCCAAGUGGAACAGCUCACACGCAUAUUUUGCCUUGCGGUUGUCGUUUAGUAUGUCUUAACAUCUUCCCUCUUACGUCAUUUCUUGAAUCAUCGCUAACGAGAAUCAUCGUCCUGACGUGUGUACAAACCAACUUUUUUGGAUUAUUAGGAAACGAUUGUUACUUUGAAACUCCGACUUUCACAUAUUCAUAACCGUUGAGCAGUCUUACGUCACUUGCACAAACAAAUUGUGUUGCGUGUCCCGUGUCAAAUGAAAUGUCAUUUAUAAUGUAUGUAAUUGUGGGCAUGGACAGAUUCAGUUUUGAAAUCUAACCCCCAAAAAAAAAAAAAAAAAUGUUCCGGAUGCCCUGGAAACAUUUGACCCAUUUGGAAAAUUUGAAUUGAAAAAAUUGCAGUCGGUCAUUCUCAAAAAUGCGCUUACGACCUUUUGUGGAUGGAAGCGGAGAUUGCGCCAUCUUUGAGUCUUUGGACAACAGGAACUUGAACGGAACUCCCAAACGUCGCCUGUGACGUCACGGAGGGACUGUUCCGGCUUUCCUCUACCCGCGAAGCACCGCCAGGUGGCGCCAUUGCUCUGCAAACACUCAAGAUGUCUUCAAAGGCCCAAGUUAGCAGUUUCACUUGAUUCUACGUUGACAACAAAAGGUCUCAAUUUGACACUUUUAACGUGUGAUAGUUACAAAAUGUAACACGGAGAAAAUAAAAAAAAAA